GAGUCGCGGAACAGAACGAAGCAGUUGUGUAAUAACAGAAGAACGACCAAGACGCCAAGCAUUAUUAGCACAAACGGGUUAAAACAUGUCAUAAAGUUGCCAUUGAACUACUCGCACGAUUAGUUCCUCCGAAAUAAUCAGAUGUAACAAUGGCAAAUAUGUAUAUAUCUGAUCCUGAAUUGGAUACAUCUGACGGUCAAGACAAACCAGAGGCCACUAAGGAGACGCUCUUUGGAAACACAUUGGAAAUACCUAGUCGCCAGCCUCCAGGUAAGCUGUCAACAAGGCACAGAGUUAACUCUGAAGACCAAACCAGUACCAGGACCGAGAGCAACUCCCAAGGCAGUGACCAUGAAGAUGAUGGCUUCUUUAGUGAGCCGUCGUUCCGGACUCGAUCGCAAUCAGCUCCCGCUGCACUCUGGGCUGCCAAGAAAUACGGCCAACAGUUGAGGAGGAUGAGCGAUGAGUUUGACUCCAUGCUAGACCAAAGGGAGAUGAGGAGAGUGGCGAGUGCAGGCACAUCCCGGCAGAUGCGAACCUCCCGCAGCUGGUUUGCCUCCCUCUUUAGCCACAAGGAGACCGACGGAGACACCCGCACCGCUGAGUAAGGACGAUAGCUGCCAUGGCCGGAGAGGGGAGAGGAAGAGUCGGAGGGGAACGGAUGCACUGAGAUCUCCAGGGGUCGGCUAAACACCAUCUCCCAUAAGGCAUUUCACCCCACCAUUCAGACUGCCCUGACAUCUGGAAGCGUAUCUUUGACUGAGUGCAUGUUCUAUGCAGAUAAGGGCAGAUUAAGGCAUUGACAAGAACUGGAAGGCUCUCGUCCAGCAACAAUCUGUUGGAAGGGGUUGGAGAUGUGAGGAUUUUCGAAGCUGCUUCUUUCAAUACGUAAGGAUGGCGGAAAAUAUUUUUUUUUAUUUUGGCCAAACUAUGCAUAUACCAGGAGAACUGCAAGGCAUCAUUUGAUCUGAUGUCGAUGUAUAAGACCGCUAUCAUUUGGCCAGUUCACAUUUGACUUGGAAUCAUAAUCUGAAUGGUCAGUUCUAGAAGUGGGGCAGUGGGGAAAACCACUAAAAUGACAACCUGUGGUAUAUGGCAAAAUCGGCUCCAAAUACACAUAGGGCGCCUCUCAUUCGUCUUUUUAUAUAUCCUCCCUUCCUUCCUCAGUCCUCGUUCCCACUGAUCUAGAUAAAGAAUGAUGGGGCAGCAACAAUGGGAUAGUCUAUCCAGUGUUAGUUUUAGAUCAGUGGGAACCAGCCUGGAGAACCGAGCAUGGAGGAUCGAAGAGAGAGGUUAAGAAUGGGCCAUAGGCUACAUACUGUACUUAUUUACACCAAGUUUUCCUGUUUUUUUAAGCAGUUUGACCCAAUGUGAUGACCUCAUGUGUCCAUUAAGCCUGUGCAUUUUUUGGAAGAUAGUUCUGGAAGGAUGGAUGAAAUGUCUGCAGAUUAUUUCAACAAACAAACAAGCAAACAUUAGAUUUUCUCUUCAUUUUGCAACUUAUUUGAUUGAUAAUAAUAUGAUUUUCCACGGAGAACACAAUAUUGUGAGUGAUUCCAAACAUUUGAUAAGUAGUAGUGUACUGUAUAUGGUGUUUGGUUGGAGCGUUGUUUUUUUUUCUCAUUGUGAAACUUUGCCAUUGCCUCUGGAGCGAUUUUGUUUACUUGCACACUUUCAUUACCUUAUUUUCUCAUAUUCACAAUACCCACUAAACAUAGAAACUACUUUUGUGAAUCAGAGUGCUGAGGUUUAUUCUGAAUUGCACUGUUAAGGGGCUUGAGGGUUGUGUACUAUAUUUCUUAUAUUGUACAUUGUUCUAUAUUUUAAUUACAUUAAUUGAAAAUAAGGUGAAUGAUCACUAAACAUGGUCACAAACCAUGGCAGAUUAUAUAUUUAACACAGUAGUUUAAGUAUCAAAUCUGAGGAGCAUAAUUUUUUUUUUCUCUGUAUAUUUUGGGCUUUUGGCUUUAUUCAGACAGAACAGUGAAGAGACUGACAGGAAGUGAGCUGGCGCGAGAGAUGGGGUGGGAUCGGGAAAUGACCUGUGACUCGAGGCUCAAACCGUCUCCCUGUGGGCACACAGACCCAACUGUAACAGUUGUGCCAUGGUGGCACCAAGAACCAUUUUUAAUUAGGUUAUCUACCUAGGGUCUUAUCCCUACCCUCAGAUUGUGAGUAGGAUAAGCACAGGGUAUGGUAAAACCAACUGGAGGAUUGUAAUUUUUCUAAUUGCUGUGUCAGUUUAUUUUUCAAAACUUUGGAUCAAGAGGGUAUGAUGAGGGUCACAUUACAAGAUGCCUUUUCGAACAACUACAUUCCCACAAAAUGCCUUGAUGGCUGUGUGGUUUGAGAGCACCUGAGUAGGAAUAGCAAGCCAUUCAAAGGCCCAUCGCAGUAGAACUCUCAGAAAAUGUACGACAUUACUUGAAACACUCUUACUCUAUACAAUGUUUCAGCGGGGAAUGCCGUUUUGUGCACUUAUUAUAUUUUUGAAAAGCGUAACAACUGUUAAUAUACAUUAUAAUGUUUUGAAACCAUUGUUGGUCUCUUGUAAAAUAAAGAAAUUACAUAAAA